AGUGGAGUUUUUACCAGAUUUCUUCGUUACGGAAUAUCCUAGUAGUCCGUCUCCGAACCAUGUUUAGUUAUCGUUUCCGGUUUCACUUUCGUUUUGUUUGUUUUGUGUUUUAUAAUGUGACUUAUUACAAUUGGCCUUGUGGAAAAAAAAACCCAAUUGAAAUGGAUGAAAAAAAGUGUACAGUUGAUGAACUUCAAAAUGUGAUCACUGCUCCUACUGGUGGAUUGACAAUGCUACCCUCCACUGCUUAUGAUGAAGUAUAUCCAAAUCUAUAUCUCGGAGAGGAUACAAUAGCACUAAGCAGAGUAGGCCUGAGAAAUUUAGGAAUAACUCAUCUGCUUAAUGUGGCACAAGGAAAUUCCAAGUAUCAUGUGAAUGCAAAUGAUGUAAUGUACCAUAAAGUUAACAUUGAGUAUAUGGGAUUAGAAGCUACAGACCAAAUGAACUUUGACCUUUCCAUUUAUUUUGAGAAAGGAGCAAAUUUUAUAGAAACAGGAUUAAAAAGUGGAGGAAAAGUAAUGGUAAAUUGUAAGCAAGGGGUUAGCAGAUCAGCAACGUUGGUUCUUGCAUAUCUUAUGAUAAAAUGUCACAUGACAGCACAAGAAGCAGUACGAACUGUCAGAGCUAAGCGAGAAAUUGAUCCAAAUGAAGGAUUUCUACAACAGAUCUGUGAUUUAAAUGAAACUCUCAAGAAAGCUGGACAUUUUGAUAUAACAUCAAGUUGAUGAAUAGUUCAAUAUUUUGACAUGUGCAUUAUGUUAUCUUUUUGAACUUGUAUAACAAUUGAAUAAACUCUCACAGAAUAAAAAGGUUAUUCAUGAUGACACGAGAAAGUGACCAAAAAAAUCCUUCCUGGUCUUCAAAACAGGAUUAUCAAAAUUUUGAAAAAAUUGUGGGAGGCUUUUACAGUCUUAUAUCUAUUAAGUUCAAUAGUUGAAACCUUUGCAUAUUGUUAAAAAAUAAUUAAAUCCAGUACUUUAAUAUGAGUUCUAUUUAUAAGGAAUAUAAAUUUUUACAAGUCUUUUAUUAUUCAGUCUCCUUUCAUGCUUUAUAUUCUUUAUACCUAUAGUUUAUAUAGACUUUGGUAAUAAAGAUAUAUAACCCUGGAAAAAAACGGGUUUUCCAUAUAUUUUGUAUCUUGUUAUAAAACUAUUAAAUCAUGGUUGUUGUGAUUCAUGAUCUCAAAAAUGGAAUGUUCUCAAAUAUAUAUUAAUCAUGUCCAAAAGAAUACUUAUUUACAUUUUGUGUAUUUAUUCUGUAUUUCU